UCCGCAGCUUUGAUGCUAACGAGCACAGCGGCCUUGAAUUCAGUUUAUGAAGAAAAGAACUGACGGGAGGUUGAAGACAAUUAACAAAGCAAUAUUCACUAGGCAUAAGUAUUAUUUAUCAAAUAGUUCAGGAGGAGCAACAUGGCUUCGGGAGGAGAAUCCAAAAAUGAUGAUCUAUCAACUGCAAUUUUAAAGCAAAAGAAUAGACCAAACCGAUUGAUUGUGGAUGAAUCGAUCAAUGAGGAUAACAGUGUGGUCUCCCUUUCACAGGCCAAGAUGGACGAGCUGCAGCUCUUCAGGGGCGAUACAGUCCUUCUGAAGGGGAAGAAGAGGAGGGAGACUGUGUGCAUCGUGCUCUCCGACGACACCUGCUCCGAUGAGAAAGUGCGCAUGAACAGGGUCGUCCGCAACAACCUGCGCGUGCGCCUGGGAGACGUGGUCAGUAUCCAGCCCUGCCCAGACGUGAAGUACGGAAAGCGCAUUCAUGUGCUGCCCAUUGAUGACACAGUGGAGGGGAUCACUGGAAACCUGUUCGAGGUGUAUCUCAAGCCAUACUUCCUGGAAGCCUAUAGGCCAAUCAGGAAAGGAGAUAUUUUCCUGGUCAGAGGAGGGAUGCGGGCCGUGGAGUUCAAAGUGGUGGAGACAGACCCCAGCCCGUACUGCAUAGUGGCCCCGGACACAGUCAUCCACUGCGAGGGCGAGCCCAUCAAGCGAGAGGACGAGGAAGAGUCUCUGAACGAGGUGGGCUACGAUGACAUUGGAGGCGUUCGCAAGCAGCUGGCCCAGAUCAAGGAGAUGGUGGAGCUCCCCCUCAGGCACCCGGCCCUCUUCAAAGCCAUCGGCGUGAAGCCUCCACGUGGCAUUCUCCUGUACGGACCCCCUGGAACUGGAAAGACCCUUAUCGCGCGUGCUGUAGCCAAUGAAACUGGAGCUUUCUUCUUCCUCAUCAACGGCCCGGAGAUCAUGAGCAAGCUCGCUGGAGAGUCCGAGAGCAACCUGAGGAAAGCCUUCGAAGAAGCCGAGAAGAACGCCCCUGCCAUCAUCUUCAUCGACGAGCUCGACGCAAUUGCACCAAAAAGAGAGAAGACUCACGGAGAGGUGGAGAGGCGCAUCGUGUCUCAGCUGCUCACCCUGAUGGACGGGCUGAAACAGAGGGCACACGUCAUCGUCAUGGCAGCCACAAACAGACCCAACAGCAUCGACCCAGCACUCAGGCGAUUCGGUCGCUUUGAUAGGGAGGUGGACAUUGGCAUCCCUGACGCGACAGGUCGACUUGAAAUCCUCCAGAUUCACACCAAGAACAUGAAACUGGCUGACGAUGUUGAUCUGGAACAGGUGGCCAACGAGACUCACGGCCACGUGGGAGCCGACUUGGCCGCCCUGUGCUCAGAAGCCGCCCUACAGGCCAUCCGGAAGAAGAUGGACCUCAUCGACCUGGAGGACGAGACCAUCGACGCCGAGGUCAUGAACUCCCUGGCCGUCACCAUGGACGACUUCAGGUGGGCCCUGAGUCAGAGCAACCCUUCAGCCCUGAGGGAGACUGUGGUAGAAGUGCCUAACAUCACCUGGGAGGAUAUCGGUGGACUGGAGGAUGUCAAGAGAGAACUGCAGGAACUUGUACAGUACCCAGUGGAGCACCCAGACAAAUUCCUGAAGUUUGGCAUGACCCCUUCCAAGGGGGUGCUGUUCUACGGGCCACCCGGUUGCGGUAAAACUCUGCUGGCAAAGGCCAUCGCCAACGAGUGCCAGGCUAACUUCAUCUCCAUCAAGGGCCCAGAGCUGCUCACCAUGUGGUUCGGAGAGUCCGAGGCCAACGUCCGGGAGAUCUUUGACAAGGCACGCCAGGCCGCCCCCUGCGUCCUGUUCUUCGACGAGCUGGACUCCAUCGCCAAGGCCCGCGGCGGCAACGUCGGCGACGGAGGCGGAGCCGCCGACAGGGUCAUCAACCAGAUCCUGACGGAGAUGGACGGCAUGUCCAGCAAGAAGAACGUCUUCAUCAUCGGCGCCACCAACCGGCCGGACAUCAUCGACCCCGCCAUCCUGCGACCCGGCAGGCUCGACCAGCUCAUCUACAUCCCCCUGCCCGACGAGAAGUCCCGCAUGUCCAUCCUGAAAGCCAACCUCCGGAAGUCCCCCAUCUCCAAGGACGUGGACUUGGAUUUCCUGGCUAAGAUGACUAACGGCUUCUCUGGAGCCGACUUGACGGAGAUCUGCCAGAGAGCUUGUAAACUGGCCAUCAGAGAGUCCAUUGAGAACGAGAUCAGGAGGGAACGCGAGAGACAGACCAACCCCUCAGCCAUGGAGGUUGAAGAGGACGACCCCGUUCCCGAGAUCCGCAAGGACCACUUUGAAGAGGCCAUGCGCUUCGCUCGCCGCUCGGUCAGCGACAACGACAUCCGCAAAUACGAGAUGUUCGCACAGACCCUGCAACAGAGCCGAGGCUUCGGCAGCUUCAGAUUCCCAUCCAGUAGCCAGGGUGGCAGCGGACCAAGCCAGGGCUCGCCUGGGGGCAACGGGGGCAACUUCUUCAACGAGGACAACGACGACGACCUCUACGGUUAGAAACCGAACCAGGGGUGGUGGACCAAAACAAUCCAUCCAACCAGGCCACAAUGUACAAAACACCAACCAUAUUUCACAUUUCCAGGACUCUCUUACGCUUCUUAAUGUGUUUAUUUUUCAAAAUGCCCCCUUUUUUUCUUUUCUCUCCCCACGAAUGUUGGAGAAGCAUGUAGCUGCUUGUCUUUGCUGUGGUUUGCGAGAAGGUGAUUAUUCCAGAACAUACUGGUCAUAACCAGCGGGGGUGGGGGGUGGGGGAUUUCAGUGAAUAUAUGCACAAGUAGAGUGGCUUCCCUCUCAAACGUUGUAAUUCACAGCCUUUGUGAGCAGCUUUAGCAACGGGUACAGUGCUAGCCUUUACGAAGAAAAAAAAAAAAUUGAAAUUGCUAAUGACUUCAUUUUUUUUAUGAACGUAGCAUAUAAUGUAUUACAAAGUUUGAAAAUGUUGUUAAAAAUAAAAUCUCACGAAACGAAACUA